GGCUGUGAUCGGAGGACUCUUUGCCACGCAGGUGCGGCAGUGAUGGGGCGGCUGGUGGUGGUGGUGGUGGCUGUGUUGGUGGUGUGCGGCGGAGGGUUGGCUGCAGCCUCUGGCGGGUGCGAGACGUCGCAGGCCCUGCUGACGCUGCCGGGCCGUGCCUAUGUCGCAGGAAUCUUCGACAUACACGAAGGCGAGAACUGCUCUGUAGAGAUUUCUUCCGGCAGACAGAAGAUGGCAGCAGCUGCCUGGGUCGUCAGCGCCCUCAACUGGCAGUUAACAGAACCCGACGUGCAGCUCGGUUUACGAGUCUAUGACGCUUGUAGUUCAGAGCUCAGCUCCCAGAUGGCAUUCAUGGCUGCAGCAGUGGACGCCGACUGUAAGGAGACAUACUCUUUGGGCGUGGUGACGUCGUCGGCGGUGUGGUCGCGGCUGGGGGAGCUGCGGUCUGCGCUGCCGGUGUCGCUGUCUGCGCGCCCGGCAGACGUGGAGGGCCGCGCGCUGCCGCUGCUGCUGGAGACGGCGGCCGGCCUGCUGCGCGCCGCGGGCUCCAGGGGCGCCGCCUGCCUGCUCGCCUCCAGCCGCCACCUGCUCACAGACUUCCAGCGCCGCGCCGCGCGCCAGGGGCUCUGUCUGCCGGGACCCGACUCCACGCUGCUGCUCACCGAUCUGCCCACGGGCUGGUCGCCGCCGACGGACGGGACGUGCGUGGUGCUGGGCCCGUGGGCGCAGGUGUCGGCGGCGGUGUCGGCGCUGGGCAACGGCUCGGCCCCCGGCUGGCUGCUGGUGGCCACGGACGGCAUGCCGGAGGGCGCGGCGGCGCUGCAGGCCGUGCCGGAGGGCGCGCUGCUCGUGGAGCCGCGGCUCAGCCUCAGCCUGUCGGCGCCGGUCGCUGCCGCCGUCGCCAGCGCCGCCGCGCGCUACCACGCCGCCCUGCGCGACCGCUGCGGCUUCGCCCCUGAGGACUACGUCCAGUGCCUCGCCCUCUUACCGCCUAUACAGGAGCUGGAGGCGACGUCCGGGGAGGACGGGGGCGCGACGCUGCGCGGCCUCCUGGAGGCGGCGGGGGCGGCGUGGCUGAGCCCGGCCGCCAGCCGGGUGACGUCAGACGAGGAGGCGGGCCGUCGACUAGCGCCUGUGGCCGCCUACAGCAGCGUCGACGGCGAGGGCGACGUGCAGCUGGUGCUCACCGCGGACGUCUCGCUGCCCCCGGAAGGUAACGAGACGUGCUACACAUUCGACGAGGAGGCGGCGGCACCCGCCGAGCCGGCGGAGGCAGCGUGGCCGCGGUGGGAGGUGGAGUUCCGGCACGAGCCGUGGGCGGCGGCGGUGGCGGCGGUGGUGUCGCUGGGGCUGGCGGUGUGCGUGGCGGUGGGCGCGCACCUGGCGUGGCGCGUCGCGGCCGGCGACGUGCUGGAGGGCCGGCCGGCGCUCACGCUGCUGCUGCUGCUGGCCACGGCCGCCGCGCUCGCCACGGCCGCCGCCUUCCUGGUACGCGCGCGCGACCCGCCGCUGCAGGCGCUGCUGUGCGCCGCCAGGGCCUCCGCCGCCGCCCUCUCCUACGCGCUGCUCUUCUCCCUCAUGCUGGCGCGAGCACUCAUGCUCGCCGCCUGCGACGCUGACGGCGCCGUCGCCAGCAGUUUCCUCAGCCACGUCAACGGCUACCUCCAGAGCUCGCUGUGCUUCCUGAUGGCGCUGACGCCGUCGACGCUGGUGCUGCAGUUCUGGCUGGAGUGGCCGUCGGGCGCGGGGCAGCGCGAGGCGUGCCGCGGCGGCGGCGUGGCGCUGUCUCUGCAGCUGGGCUGCGACGCGCUGCUGCUGCUGCUGCUGGUGUCGGUGUCUCCGCUGGCGGCGCGCUCUCGCCGCAACUACCGCGAGGGCGCCUGCUUCCUGGCGGCCGCGCUGCUCAGCGCCGCCGUCUGGGCCGGCUGGCUGGCCGCCUUCCUGCUGGCCGGCGACGCCUGGCGCGACGCCGCGCUCGCCUCGGGGCUCGCCGCCACCGCCUGCUGCGUCGUCGUCGCCGUCUUCGUGCCGCGCACCUACCUCAUGCUGUCGUCGGCGGUGCGCUCGCACCUGGCCAGCGCGCUGCCCGGCUCGCUCGCCGCCUCCGCCUGCGCCCUCAACUCGGCGGCGGCGCUGGGCGGCGUCGCGGGCUCCCAGCAGGGGCUGUACGCCUCCGUCAACGCCGACCUGGCGGGCCCCGGAGCCGGCGCCGCCGCCGGCAACUUCUACACGCCCGACGCCGGGCUGCCGUUCGGCAGGUCGCCGCGCGUCCACAGCAAGCUGUCGCACUUCUGA